CGCCGCCGUAGCCGCCCGCGCUGCACCACUGGCCCGAGACAGACAGGGGUCGGGGAGAGAGAGAGGGGAGGAGGCGGCGGCGGAGGCGGGGCGACUCCGGUGACCGGGAGCGCCUCAGACUGGCAGCUGCGGCGACUCCCCCCUUUGUGUCUGGUCUGCUCGGAGCCGCCGGAGCCGCUUCCCGGAGGGGUGUGGGGUGUUUCGCAAGCCCCCGCUACCCACCCCUUCCUCGGCCACCUACGUCCGUCUUCCCGCCGCCCCCCGCCCUCGGCCCGCGACGCCCAGAGCUGCGGAGAGCGAGGCGGCGGUGGCGGCGGCGGCGACGGCGGCUUCUGCUUCUUCCUCGGGCUGUGCUGGCUGUGAUUCGUUCCUGAGAGCCGUCGACGGGAGGAGACCGGGCUUCUUCCACGGUGCUGGGAUUUCCUGCAGGCCCCCGGAGCCGAGCGGCGGGAAGAGCCGACAGCGAGGCCGCGCGGGCCGAGCGCCCUCGGAAGGCCAGCCGGGGCCGCCCCGCACCUCCCCGCGUGCGGCGCUCCGGGGCUCGCCGGGGCCGCGACCCUCGCCUCCCCUCCCCCGCGCCCCGAGGCCCGGCCUGCUGCCUGCCUGCCUGCCUGCGCGACCCUCGCGCGAUUGUUCCGAGGAAGCCGUGGACUCGCCCAUGGAGGCCGGCACCUUUUUCGACCCAGUCGGUGGAGAGGAUUUAUUGAUGUCGGAAUCCGAGUGAAGCAAGCAACGAGGCGAAACUUUCAACGGAGACCCUACCCGUCUGCACUCCGAGUCCGGAGCGAUGCGACUCGGGCGGCCGGGCGCCGCCGCCCGCCCUGCUGCGCCCUUCCCGGCGGUCGGGAACUUGUUCUGAUCCUCAGUGCCCCCAUCGAGUCCCCGCCCUCCAUCCCCCCCACCCCCACCUCCGGCACUCUGGAUAUGUUUUCUCCCAGAUCUGGAUAUUUUUUUGAUAUCGUGAAGCUACGAGGGAAAUAAUUGCAGGCAUUUCUUCAGGGCUCUCUGCUUCUCUCCUCCCUCUCCCUCCCUCCCCCCACGGACAUGCCUUCAGUUUGGGGAGCCGAGGCACCCUGUCCUAGGCGAAUGAAGCCCCCCAGCCACGAGGGAGCGAAAUGAAGGGAAAUUCUGCAGUGGAAUGAGAGCUCUCCAGCUAGGUCCUCGCAUCUGCCAUUUGUCCAUUCAAACUGUAUUGUAAUCCGGGCAGGAUAAAUCAGACGGAGAGACGAGCAGCCUCCUGGCCGGCUUUCUCCGCCCGAAUUUACUUUCCACAUUUCUUUUCUUUGCCUUCCUGCUUCUUGGCUGGCCCAGGGAUGACUUCCUCGCUGCAGCGACCCUGUCGGGUGCCCUGGCUGCUAUGGACCGCCCUGCUGGUCAGCACUACGGCUGCUUCCCAGAAUCAAGAACGGCUGUGUGCAUUUAAAGAUCCCUAUCAACAAGACCUUGGGAUAGGUGAGAGCAGAAUCUCUCAUGAAAACGGGACAAUAUUGUGCUCCAAAGGGAGCACGUGCUAUGGCCUGUGGGAGAAAUCCAAAGGGGACAUCAAUCUUGUGAAACAAGGGUGUUGGUCUCACAUUGGGGAUCCCCAAGAGUGUCACUAUGAAGAAUGUGUUGUAACUACCACCCCACCCUCUAUUCAGAAUGGGACAUACCGCUUUUGCUGCUGUAGUACAGAUCUAUGUAAUGUCAACUUUACUGAGAAUUUUCCACCUCCUGAUACAACACCACUCAGUCCACCUCAUUCAUUUAAUCGAGACGAGACAAUAAUCAUUGCUUUGGCAUCAGUCUCUGUAUUAGCUGUUUUGAUAGUCGCCUUAUGUUUUGGAUACAGACUAUUGACAGGAGACCGGAAGCAGGGUCUUCACAGCAUGAACAUGAUGGAGGCCGCAGCCUCAGAGCCGUCUCUGGACCUGGAUAACCUGAAGCUCCUGGAGCUGAUUGGACGGGGUCGAUAUGGAGCAGUGUAUAAAGGUUCCUUGGAUGAGCGUCCAGUUGCUGUAAAAGUAUUUUCUUUUGCAAACCGUCAGAAUUUUAUAAAUGAAAAAAACAUUUACAGAGUGCCUUUGAUGGAGCAUGACAACAUUGCUCGCUUUAUAGUUGGAGAUGAGAGACUCACUGCAGAUGGACGCAUGGAGUAUUUGCUGGUGAUGGAGUAUUAUCCCAACGGAUCUCUAUGCAAAUAUUUGAGUCUCCAUACAAGUGACUGGGUAAGCUCUUGCCGGUUGGCUCAUUCUGUGACUAGAGGAUUGGCUUAUCUGCACACAGAAUUACCACGAGGAGAUCAUUAUAAACCUGCAAUUUCUCAUCGAGAUUUAAAUAGCAGAAAUGUCCUGGUAAAAAAUGAUGGCACGUGUGUCAUCAGCGACUUCGGUUUGUCCAUGAGGCUAACUGGAAACAGACUGGUGCGCCCAGGGGAAGAGGAUAAUGCAGCUAUAAGUGAGGUUGGCACAAUUCGCUAUAUGGCACCCGAAGUGCUGGAAGGAGCUGUGAACCUGAGGGACUGUGAGUCCGCGUUGAAGCAGGUAGACAUGUAUGCGCUGGGGCUGAUCUACUGGGAGGUGUUCAUGAGAUGUACAGACCUCUUCCCCGGUGAAUCUGUACCAGAAUACCAGAUGGCUUUCCAGACAGAAGUUGGCAACCAUCCCACUUUUGAGGACAUGCAGGUUCUUGUGUCGAGAGAAAAACAGAGACCCAAAUUCCCAGAAGCCUGGAAAGAAAACAGCUUGGCGGUGAGGUCACUCAAGGAAACGAUCGAAGACUGCUGGGACCAGGACGCAGAGGCUCGGCUCACGGCACAGUGCGCUGAGGAGAGAAUGGCCGAGCUUAUGAUGAUAUGGGAGAGAAACAAGUCUGUGAGCCCCACGGUCAACCCCAUGUCUACGGCCAUGCAGAAUGAACGCAACCUGUCACAUAAUAGGCGUGUGCCAAAAAUUGGGCCUUAUCCGGAUUAUUCUUCUUCCUCGUAUAUUGAAGACUCCAUACACCACACUGACAGCAUUGUGAAAAAUAUUUCCUCUGAGCAUUCGAUGUCCAGCAGCACGCCUUUGACUGUAGGAGAAAAGAACCGAAACUCAAUUAAUUACGAACGGCAGCAAGCACAAGCUCGGAUCCCCAGCCCUGAAACAAGCGUCACCAGCCUGUCCACAAACACAACCACCACAAACACCACGGGCCUCACUCCGAGUACUGGCAUGACCACCAUCUCUGAGAUGCCGUACCCAGAUGAAACCAAUCUGCAUGCCACGAAUGUUGCGCAGCCGAUUGGGCCGACCCCUGUCUGCUUGCAGCUGACGGAAGAAGACCUGGAAACCAAUAAGCUAGACCCAAAAGAAGUUGAUAAGAACCUCAAGGAAAGCUCUGACGAGAACCUCAUGGAACACUCUCUCAAGCAGUUCAGUGGGCCAGACCCCUUGAGCAGUACCAGUUCCAGCCUGCUUUAUCCACUCAUAAAGCUCGCAGUGGAAGUAACUGGGCAGCAGGACUUCACACAGGCUGCAAACGGCCAGGCCUGCUUAAUUCCUGAUGUUCCGCCCGCUCAGCUCUAUCCUCUCCCUAAGCAACAGAACCUGCCUAAGAGACCCACUAGUUUGCCUUUGAACACCAAAAAUUCAACAAAAGAACCCCGGCUAAAAUUUGGCAACAAGCACAAAUCAAACUUGAAACAGGUAGAAACUGGAGUUGCCAAGAUGAAUACAAUCAAUGCCGCAGAACCUCACGUAGUGACGGUGACUAUGAAUGGGGUGGCAGGGAGAAGCCACACUGUUAAUUCCCAUGCCGCCACAACCCAGUAUGCCAAUGGGACGGUGCCGUCUGGCCAGGCGGCCAACAUAGUGGCACAGAGGGCUCAAGACAUGCUGCAGAAUCAGUUUAUUGGUGAGGAUACCCGGCUGAAUAUUAAUUCCAGUCCUGAUGAGCAUGAACCUUUACUGAGACGAGAGCAGCAAGCUGGCCAUGAUGAAGGGGUUCUGGACCGUUUGGUAGACAGGCGGGAACGGCCCCUCGAAGGGAGCCGAACUAAUUCCAAUAACAACAACAGCAAUCCGUGCUCAGAACAAGAUGGACUUCCACAGGGUAUUACAAGCACAGUUGCAGAUCCUGGGCCAUCGAAGCCCAGAAGAGCACAGAGGCCCAGUUCUCUGGAUCUUUCAGCCACAAAUAUCCUGGAUGGCAGCAGUAUACAGACAGCGUCUGUUACUCGUGUUGUGGCAGAACCUGCCUUCUGGUGACAGCCUACGGUGAGGUCACAGCCGCGCUCUCUCUGCUUCUCCUUUUGUCACGAGUGAUCCGUAAACCAGGCUCUGUCUUUUAAUGAAGCACUUUCUGUCAGAUAUGGAUUUUCCUUAAACAUUGUUUCCCAGCCAGUUUGCAAACAAAAGGUUCUCAUGUUUUCAGAUGCUCAAAAUUCUUAUUGUGCAUUAUCUGAUUAAGUUUUAAUUUUUUACAGGGGGGAGGUAAAAAAGUUAAGUGUAAGUCUCCAAAUUCCUGAUCUCAGUUCUGGUGUCCUGAACACCAUUUUCUCAUUUGAAACCCUCUGCCCUCACGAUUUAACUAAAGACGGCCCCUUUCCCAGCACACUGUCCACAGCACUUGUGACUUCUUUGACUUGCCAUCUGCUGCGCUGCUUUGAUGUGACAACAUUUAAAGCAUUUAUUCAGCUGGGCUGCUGACUGGAGUCUCAGUCCUUGGAUUAAGAUGGUCUUAUUCUCCCGGGACUCCUUUCUCCCCUUUGUGCUUUCUUGGCCCCUCUUCUGGGUCAGAUUUGUCUUGUUUUGUUUUGGGUUGGGUUUUUUUCGUGACAGAGCUUCUCUGUGCAGCUCUGGCUGUCCUGGAACUCACUCUGUAGACCAGGCUGGCUUUGAACUCAGAUUCUUAAAAUAAAUUUUGUCUUCUGACAUCAGUUUAUUUCAGGUAGUGACCAUUUUUUUAAAUCUAUGUAACAAAUAACUUUUGUCUUUUACUUCCUUGUCUGUCCAAAUGUCUUUGAGAUGCAUUUCAGGAUUUUUGUUUUUUUCAGUUGUCGGACAACUUUAAAUCAAAAUAGAUUAUAUUCCUUCUAUCUCUAACUGAAGCACUGAGAAUAAAUGUCCCCCGGAGGUCCAGCUGGUCCUUCUCUUUCAGAAAACUGCCUUACAUUCUAAUAGUUUAUAUUAAGGCCAAUCACUUGUGAAUUUCCCAACAGUCUUCAAUGGUUAAUACAUUUAUGAAAUGCUUUAAAAAGUAGUAUGCCAGGUUAAAAGAGAAAGGGUAUCGUUUCCAAUCUCAUGCAGAUAUGUUUAAAACAAAUAAUUCCUUUCACUGAUACAUGGUAACUGCUUGACAAAUAGGAAUAGCAGAAAGCAUAGGUCCUUUUAAUAAAUGUUGGAAUUUAUAAUACAGAGCACUCAAAAAUCCCUUUUUUUUUUUUUUUUUUUUUGGUUUUUCAAGACAGGGUUUCUCUGUGG